AUCAAGGCUACAGUCUUGUGUGCAAAAUGCUUUCCGCGGGCCCAGUUACUCGAUGAGUUAAUGGGCCGAGAUAGAAACUUGGCCCCUGACGAGAAGCGAUCCAACGUGCGAUGGGACGAUGAGACCAAGGUAUGCAGAUACUACCUAUGCGGCUUCUGCCCGGCUGAGCUAUUCACUAACACCCGCUCUGACCUGGGCCCUUGUGAAAAAAUCCAUGAUGAAAAUCUUAGAAUCACGUAUGAGAAAAGCUCUAGGUUCAUGAAGGAGGGCUAUGAGCGGGACUUCCUACGCUAUUUGCAGUCCCUCUUGGCAGAGGUGGAACGCCGGAUUCGUAGAGGGCACGCCCGCCUUGCACUUUCGCAGGCUCAGCAGAAUGCAGGGGGUCCUGGUCCAACAGGAAAGAAUGAUGAGAAGGGUCAGGUUCUUACAGAAAAAAUUGAAGACCUAGUUUUGCAGAUUGAGGAGCUGGGGUCGGAGGGCAGAGUGGAGGAGGCCCAGGGAAUGAUGAAGCUGGUGGAGCAGCUAAAGGACGAGAGGGAGCUGAUCACCUCCACCCCCUCGACCAUCGAGAGCUUUGCAGCCCAAGAGAAACAGAUGGAGGUGUGUGAGGUGUGCGGGGCCUUCCUCAUUGUGGGCGACGCACAGUCCAGGGUAGACGACCACUUGAUGGGCAAGCAACACAUGGGCUACGCCAAGAUCAAAUCCACUGUGGAAGAGCUCAAGGAGAAACUUCGCCGUCGCUCAGAGGAACCCCAAGAUGAAAACCCAGCGCUAAAGAAGGACAGAGAAGACAGAGAGCAUGAGAGGGAGGAAAGGGAGAAAAAGCGCAAAGAGGAGGAAGAGAAGGAAAAAGAGCGAGAGAAAGAGCGUGAAAAGGAGAAGGAAAAAGAGAAGGAGCGCGAGAAGGAGCGAGACAAGGAGCGCGACAAGGAGCGAGAUAGAGACAAGGACAGAGAGAGGGACCGGAGGACACGCCGAAGCAACUCCAACAGUCGCAACUCCAGCCGAGCAUCGGACAGGAAGCGGAGCAGGUCCCGAGAUCGCCGGCGCUCCAGGAGCAGAGACAAGGAGAGGGAGAGGGAACGCAAGCGCAGCAGGAGCCGGGACAGGGAGAGGAAACGCAGUCGUGAGCGCUCCGACAGAAAGCGUCGCUCCCGCAGUCGUGACAGGAAGAGGUCACGCAGCGCAGAGCGCAAAACUCACCGCCAUCGCAGCCGCAGCAAGGACAAGGACAGGGAGGAGAAGAAAGACAGGGACAAAGAGCGGUCAUCGAAAGACAAAGACCGUAAGGUGACAGAGGAGAGGAGCAGCUCUAAGAAAGAGAAGCACUCUGACGGCAAUGCAGCUGCCAUUAAGGCUUCGUCCGAACCAGAACCGAUGGAGAAAAAGGCGGCGGCCCCCGCCCCCCCUCAGAUUAACGGCCAGCAAGAGCUCCUCCAUUCUGAAGGUGACACUCAGUCCAAUUAAAACUGAUCUGAUAGGACCUCAGAUCAGGCUCAGGGGACUCUGGGAUAUUUGUUGGAGGAAGAAGUGGAAGAGCGCACGCAUCCUUUCCCUGACACCUCGCUGCUUAAAAACAAGGUGAACCACAAAUGUGUAGUGGCUUAUUUAAAAUCACGAACGUACAUGUGUAAAUGAGAGGGGGGGGGGAAUUAAUUUUCAUGUUCCAUCUGUCUUAUCUUUUGGCCGGAUGAGGGUAGUCGUGGUUCAUCUGAUGUAUUUCUUGGUCUAGAUGUCAGGCAGGCAUCUUAAUGAAUACCAAACUUAGAGAAGUUCGUUAUGGGUUUUUGUGUUCCUAUUUUAAAAGCCUUUACACAUCAUCCUUGUUUCUUGGCAUUUAGUGAAAUUGAAAUAAAUAAAAAAUUGCUUGUGGUUUGUUUUGGUUUGUCAGGUUCCACUUCAAUCCCUGAACUUUUUAUAGUCAGUUAAAAGCGUAUGUACAAUGUUAGUCCUAUGACAGGGCGUUUCUUUUUUCUCUUCCACUUAGAGCUCACGUUGAUUGCUCUUGUCCCCUUACUGUAAAAAAAGGAUUAUUUUGAUCAAAACAUUCGAGGACUGAAGAUUUGUUUAAUUUUGCUCUGCUUUUAAUGUCCAUGUUGUCUCGAUGAAUAAAAAGUAAAAACUUG